AUGGAUAUUGCUAAGGACGACGUUGAGUCAUUGGUUUCAGGGUCGAUCCAGUGGCUCAUAACUUGUGAAGAAUUGACUUUCAGGGUGUUUCAAUUCCAAGACCAACAGGUUGCGACAAUGACAGACGAAAAGAGUCCUCUCAUCUCGGAGCCGCAGCGGCGUGUUACACGAUCUAUGACCAACAGACCCUCAAUCGACACAAAGGUGGUAGUCAAAGUUGAGAAAUACAAGAAGAAGACACACAAAGUUCCUGCAGGAGUAGUACUAUCGGCAUCUCGAAUACCCCCAAUCCACAAAGGCCGAUUCGGCCUUAUCCAAGAAAGCGUCGCGACAGAUCUCUACGCCCUUCUCGUCGCGGCCGUCCUCUGGAACCGCACCCGAGGAUCCCAAGCCCGUCCAGUCUUCCUCAAACUCAUCUCAAAAUACCCGACACCGCACGACCUCGCCGACGCAGCGUUCUCAGACCUCGCAGACCUCAUCCGUCCUAUCGGGCUGUACAAUUCCCGCGCGGCUCGGUUCCUCGCAUUUGCCAAGACGUGGGUUGAGAGUCCGCCGUGUAAAACGAUGCGGUACAGAAAGCUGCAUUACCCCUUGAAAGGCGAUGGGCUGGAUAUCGGCAAGGAUGAGGUUUUGGAUGAAGCUGAUGAGAGACACGGCUGGGAGGUGGCGCAUCUACCGUCCCUUGGACCGUACGCCAUUGAUAGCUAUCGAAUCUUUCACCGAGAUAUGUUGAGGGGGUUGGCAAAGAAUUGGGAUGGGUUAGAUGCAGCGCCUGAUUUUGAGCCCGAGUGGAAGAGAGUUGUGCCCCUUGAUAAAGAGUUGAGGGCGUAUCUUCGAUGGAUGUGGCUCAAGGAGGGCUGGAUUUGGGAUCCUGAAACUGGAGAUAGAGUGAAGGCCUCAAAUGACAGGAUGGACCGGGAGCGUGUAAGGUCAAGGAGUUUAUCCCCUGAGGGCUUUCGGGUGAUACGGCGUUAG